AUGGUUGCUUCAGCUCCUGUGGCAUCCAAGUCGUUGCACAUGGGAGAGCCACAACCCCCAGUGCCCGAGCAGAUUGCUGCCGAGCCAAGUUCCUCUAGUCUUCCUACCGAGGAGGUCAAGGAAGUGAAGGAUGCCGCGAAGGAUGGGAAGACGGCUGGGGCACAGCAAGCGCAGGUUUCAGUUUUGGAUCAGCCGGAGGCAGAGACCACUCGCUUGCAACAGCAGGCAUGGAAAAAGGAGCUGGAUCAGCAGGAGGCCGAGGUGGCUGCAUCCCCAAAGGCAAAGGUGGAGAAGGCGAAGGGAAAGGAGCAGGCUAAGGCAAAGGACAUGGCUGUGAAAAAACGCAAGAACGAUGGUGACAAGGCAACCUUUGCAGGCAGGUACAAAUCCAGCACCAAAACUACCGGGAUGAUUUGGGAGUGUUUGCGAAACAAGUUCGAGUCCAGCUUGAAGUCAAAGCUGCGCUCUCCGUCCAAGUUUGAGACUACGUUUUGGACCUUUGCCAUGAACAAGUGGCAAUCCGAGAACUUGGAUUUGGAUCAGCUUGACGAAGAUGGCAUCACUGCUGCGGCAGACUCGGCAGGAGAUGCGUACUGCGAUGCCCCGCCUGAAGAAAGGCCUCGCGACCUUCGCCCGUUUUGGGCACCUUUUGUGCAAACCUGGCUGGUUUGGGUCGUGCUGGGGCACUCGGGGAUUGGUCGCUUAGCCCAUAACCGUGGAUACUCAGCAUGCUGCUACGAUGUCUUGUACGACCCUGAAGUGAAAGAAGCCCACCACAAAAACCCUAAGAAACCUCUUAAGGGAGGCUGCAUGGAUCUCAGUUCGGAUGGUGGCUUCACGUGCAUGUUGAUAGCCUUGAUCACAAUCUCACUGGGGGGGCACAUGGUGCUGGAAAACCCGGGUUCCAGUCUGAUUUGGAUGCACGACAAGUUCCAAUGGUUUCUGGGUGCCCUAGAAAGCGUCGGCUUGAAAGUCUACCGCCAAAGUUUUUGGAUGGCCUAUUUUGGCCACAGCUGCAUGAAGAGGACAAUUCUUUGGUCGACUUCAAAGGUAGUGGGCACCUUCGGCUUGGGCAAUGGCGCUGGCGUCAAGAAGCCACCCAAGGGGAAGAAGACAGUAACAGCUGUCAAGUAUACAAACCGAAAGGGGCAUGCGGCCUACAAAGGGAGUUCUUCCCUUAAAUCUACACAGAUAUACCCUGUACGCUUUGCUGGGCAACUAGUUCGAUCCCUUUCAACUAUGUUCCGAGCAACUGGUGCAAUUCCUGAACCAGACUUUCCCUCAGUCGACACCAGCCGGCCAUUCAUUGAAAUCUUCCAGGAGAUGACUUUUGACGAUUGGUGGGAGGAGGAUGCAGCUCUGAAGAGUGUUUACCGAUAUUUGAGGGGUUGUAAAACUUUAGAAAUCCCACCUGAGUACCGGCCCCUUUUGCCUACUCAAAUUUGA